AUUCAGGGGUUCCCAUCAUAACCAUCUUGCUUCCAUCCUAAGAAUACCGAUUCGAAAGUUGCCGUUAUUUAUUAUUCAUAAGACCUUGAUAGCGGCGCCGUUGACGAGAUGAUGAUAUUGAUUUGUUCUUUAUUUCCACGAGAACGCGAUUGGGCCGCUGCGAUACUUUGAAAUGAAAUUCAACAGAAAUUGUCAGAAAAGGGGUCACAACGGAUUCUAAAAUUAAUACGAAUCCGUGCCCCGAUUUACACAGACAUAAAAGAGUGAUCGACUUUUCAUUUUAUUCUCCAUCUCCAUACACUUUUUCAUUAUGGUACCCUUUACCCCAAAACUUUUCUUCGGUCUUUUGUUUGCCACGUUCUUUUUCACCCUAAAAGCGGCCACUUCCGAUUCAGACUAUGAUGCCUGUCGCUUGCAAGCCACACAAUUGUACGUCAUCGGAGUCUCUAACGGUGAUGAAGAAAGUGUCGAUAAGAUUCCUUUUGCGCCCAACGUUGUCAGAUAUGAAACGAAUUAUGGCAUCCGUCGUUUAAGAGAUUCAAAUGCCGAAGAAGCUCGUUAUAACACAAUUUCCGGAGAACAACGUUACUUUAUCAAUGGCUUAUACCCCGGCGCACCUGCCCCUACGUAUGCUUUCUAUGAAGGCGAUCAUGGCAUCACUGAUUCGAAUUUUACCCUUCAAGGUAGAAUACAAACAGGUCCUUCCUCUCAAAAACCACCAAUCGAAAUUGGAAUUGAUAUCGGACCAGUUGCAGUUCGAACAUUAAUGAGUUUCAAUUAUACCCAAGACCCUUGCUUGAUCAAUCAUGUUGAAAUUUAUGCUGAAUUUGGUGAUCAUUUAUAAUUUUACUGUAGUAUU